AACAAGGCGUUGAAGCAGCAGAAUUCAGCGCCCAGGUCCCUAUAAUGUGAACUUGAUCGAUUUCGCCUAAAGCACGCUGGCAACGUUCCUCUCGUGUACACCCACGCAACCCUUUGUCAAUCACUUCUCUUCCCAUGGCUCCAUCGAAAGCCGCUCGGAGCGGCCCCGACGACGGCAAGGCAGAUGCCCCGACUACCAAGGAGAAGAGCGGGAGCGGUGCCGGGAAUCAAUCAGCUACCAAGAUGCGGAGAGUCGCCAGCAGUGCAACUUCUAACCUGCGAGAAGUCACCAACGCAAGCGCUGUGAACGGGGCGGCUGCUACAACGGCGACCGACUCAGCGUCCAGCGCACAGGAAGCCAACGUGCCAGGACUACAGUGGCCUGCUUUUGAGCGGGACGUCCUCCACGCCUACCGCCGCGCGUACCGCCUCAAGACGCCGACCGCCUUCGUCAGCGACCACCACGCAUGGGUGCUCACCCAGCCGGGCAGCAUCGGCCUCUACUCGCCGACGAUCGCGAGACACAAGCAGCUCCGGAGGCAGACGAAAGACCAGCUGACGAAUGUGGUGCGCAAACAUUUCAACGGCCUGGGCGUCCAGGAAAACGACGUCAUCGUCGACUUCCUCCACAAGGUCCGGAGCGAGGGAAUCUCCAAGGCAAGGAUACGGCGAUCCGACUUUAUCCAUCAAGAAGUGGAACGAUGAGGAUGAGCGGAACAAUUGCGGAAGAAACUAAGACGCUUGGAGGGACACAGCACUCUUUGAUCUCCUUGGGACGGAUACCCUGCGUGUUUGGAUGCACAACAUGUCCUACGAUUAUACUUGGAUGGGGUUUUGGGCGUUGCUUGCAUUUGCAUGUCAUGGCUGCAUUAUAUACAAUGGGAGGCAUUGUUCUCAGCAGAAGGCGGGAUGCUUGGCACUGCUUUUCGCUCCAAUCUCAACCCACUGCGUUUUAACGUGAAGAAAUGUCGCGUCACGCUCCCUCCAGAGUUAGACGUGGGGAGGCCCACAGAAAGCGGUGGUCAUUUCUAGCGAAACAGAAAGUGGGCCCGCUUUGGGCUGGUGCCUCAGGCGGCAAAACAACUCGACGCUAAAACUGCCAUCUUAUCUUGCGCCAUCCAACCAGACGGG